CAGAAUCAACAAUUACACAUACAUUACGUUAUGAUUAUGAUGUGUGAGUGAAUUAUAAUAUCUAUUUCUGAUCCUAUGAGAGAAUCGUUAUUUGUUUAGUCAGAGGCCACCGGACUUUUAUUUUGAAAGCGACUAUAGCCUUCGCGUUAAACCCGGAAGUGCAGCUCGCGUGUAAUGAUCAGUAACUAAUCUCUGAUCAUGUGAAACAAUCAGCGGAGUGAUCAAAACAUUAGUGUGUCCGCUUGUGUUGACAUGCUUUUAGAGUUAUAUCGGACCUACGCUUCGUCUGUGAGGUGAAGAGCAGAUAUCUCAGUGUUUUUUGCACUGUUUACACAUCUGCUGGAUAAGAUCAUCAGACUUUCAUCAGUCCACUGCUGUUUACUUUGAGACAUAAUGUCAGAGCCUCCCUCUGUUCUGGGGUGUGUGAGGAGGGGUCUGCGGUUCGAUGUGUUUAAGGAUGUUGCUCGUCAGUAUCCGGUCAUCUUCUGUCUCUUCACCUUUAUGAUCUCCUCCACCAUCAUCCUCAACCAGUAUCUCCAUGUUCUCCUGAUAUUCUGGUCAUUUCUGGCUGGAGCGAUCACGUUCUACUGCUCCCUCAGUCCUGAGUAUCUGCUGCCAAAUGUUCUCCUCUCAAUCAAGACCAAGAGGAAACCACAGAAACAGCAAGAAUUAUUCCCGCUGGGUCACAGUUGUGCAGUGUGUGGGAAAAACCAGUGCAAACGCCACAGACCUACUCUUCUGCUGGAGAACUAUCAGCCGUGGCUGGACUUAAAAGUGCCGUCCAAAGUGGACGCCAGUAUUUCAGAGGUUUUGGAGUUAGUUCUGGAGAACUUUGUGUACCCAUGGUACAGAGAUAUCACAGAUGACGAGGCGUGUGUCGAUGAACUGAGACAAACCAUCCGUUUCUUUGCUGCAGUUCUGGCUCACCGAGCACAAAGAGUGGAUGUUCCCUUCGUUGUGAUGGACAAAAUGAUGAAGGCCACCAUGAAGCACAUUGAGAUCAUUGCAAAGGCACAGCAGAAAGUGAAGGAUUGCGAGGGUCUCCAGCAGGCAGCUCUCUCUGAGUACGGCGCUGAUCUGCACGUGUCCCUGCGGAGCCGCAAGGAAGAGCUGCUGUACCUGAGGAAGCUCACAGAGCUGCUGUUCCCUCACCUCACGCCUCCUAAAGCUACGGACUGCAGGUCUCUGGCUCUGCUGAUUCGAGAGGUCAUGACAGGGUCGCUGUUUCUCCCAAUCAUGGACUUCAUGGCUGAUCCUGACACAGUGAAUCACAUGGUGCUCAUUUUCAUUGAUGAUACUCCACCUGAGCCCGUGACUGACCCUCCGUCUGCGCUCGUGCCCUUCCUGGAGAAGUUUGCAGACCCACGCAACACCAAAUCCUCGGUGUUGAAGUUGGAUCUGAAGGAGAUCAGGGAGCAGCAGGAUCUGUUGUUUCGUUUCAUGAGUUUCCUGAAGGAGGAAGGAGCGGUGCACGUCCUGCAGUUCUGUCUGACUGUGGAGGAGUUUAAUGAGCGGAUCCUGUGUCCUGAACUGAGUGACACGGAGAUGCAGCGUUUGCAUGAGGAGGUGAAGAAGAUGUAUGAGACGUACUGUCUGGAGGAGAGCAUCGACAAGAUCAGCUUUGACCCCUCCAUCACCGAGCAAAUCCACAACGUCGCUCAGGGGCCGUACACAGCGGUGGUGAAGCUCCAGACCAUGCCAUGUCUGUUUGAGGCGUACGAACACGUGCUGUCUCUGCUGGAGAACGUCUUCACCCCCAUGUUCUGCCACAGCGAUGAGUAUUUUCGAUAUCUGCUCAGGGGUGCGGAGUCUCCCGCUAGAAGUUCAAAGCUGAACAGGAAUCUGAGUUUGGAUGAUUUAAGGAACACAUCAAAGCGUGGCGAGUCGUUUGGGAUCAGCCGUAUUGGAAGCAAAAUAAAAGGCGUGUUCAAGAGUAGCACAAUGGAGGGCGCACUGCUACCACAGCACGCCAUGAUUGAAGAAGACGACGACACGGUGGAGGAAGCAGUGAUGGUGUUUGAGGACGACUCUCCAGGGCCAGUGGAGGUGGUGGGAACUCAAGGAACGUCGCGAAACCUUGCCGCUUGGACCAUCUCAAUCCCUUAUGUGGAUUUUUUGGAUGACGAGGUUAAGAAAGAGCACACUCCAGUCUUCUGCAUCGACGUGGAGCGCCACGACAGAAAAAAUGUGGGGCACGAGACCGAGAGCUGGUCUGUGUGCAGAAGAUACCUGGAGUUUUAUGUGCUGGAAUCUAAACUCACACAAUUUCAUGGUCCAUUCCAGGACGCUCAACUCCCUUCCAAAAGAAUCAUUGGACCAAAGAAUUACGAAUUUCUGUCCUCCAAACGAGGUGAAUUUGAGGAAUAUUUACAGAAUCUGCUGCAUCACCCUGAACUGAGUAACAGUCAGCUGCUGGCAGACUUCCUGUCUCCUCACAGCAUCGAGUCUCAGUUCAAUGACAAAAAGCUUCCAGAUGUCAACCUGGGGAAGAUAUUUAAGUCUGUGCCAGGAAAACUGAUUAAAGAGAAAGGACAAAACCUGGAGCCAUUUAUCCAGUCAUUCUUCAGUUCCUGUGAAUCCCCCAAACCCAAACCCAGCAGACCUGAGCUCACCAUUCUCAGCCCCACUGCAGAAAAUAACAAAAAGCUAUUCAAUGAAGUGUACAGAAACAAUGCUAAUCUGCCAGAGGGCCUGGAGAGAAAACACAACCAGAACUACUUCAUGGAGCUGAUGGAGGUGGAUGGAGUAUAUGACUACAUGAUGUACAUAGGUCGGGUUGUGUUCCACAUGCCUGAUUGGCUGCAUCACUUCCUGAGUGGAGCUCGUAUUCUCUUGAAGAGGACUUUAGAGGCGUAUGUAGGGCAUUAUUUCCAGUUCAAACUAGAGCACAUCAUGCAAGAGCAUCGCCUCGUCUCCCUCAUCACUAUAUUGCGAGAUGCUGUUUUCUGUGAGAGCGCAGAGGAACGCUCUCCUGAGGACAAACAGAGACGAGCCAAGCAGACCUUCGAGGAGAUGAUGAACUACCUGCCAGAUCUAGUCGGGAAAUGUAUCGGUGAGGAAGCAAAGUAUGAGGGCGUCAAGAUGCUUUUCGAUGCCAUUCAGCAGCCACUGCUCAACAAACAGAUGACGUACGUGCUGCUUGACAUCGCUGUCCAGGAGCUGUUCCCAGAGCUCAGUGAGGUUUAAAGUUUUCUUACUUGGUGCUGUCGAGCUAUCCAGAAGAAUUGGAUUGCCUGAAGAUUUCACUACAUUUCCAUUUGAAUCAAAAGUCACUUUUAGGAAUCCCAGAUACUUUCCAAAGGCAUAGGCCUGGACAACAGGAACGUGGCGCCCAUCAUCUGAUUGGACCAUGAAUGGAUAAGGUCCUGCGGGAACUUCUGUUGAUGGUGGAGUUCCUGCAGAAAUCAACACACAAAAUAAAUGAGUGGAGGGGAAAUAUUUCUAUACAGUAAUAAUUCUGUGCAAAGCACAUUAAAUGCUUCCUAAAAACUUUUGUUUUAGUAGUAAUUAAUACAGUGUGCUUUAUUAGUAAAAGGAAUGUCUAUGAACAGCACACUACUGCAAUAAUCCAGAGAGGUUUGGUAAGGAGUCCAGCAACACAGAGAUCUGAGUUCACCAACAUCCAGCCAGUCUCCUCCAAGAUGCUCGGAACAACCAAACUACAAACUACCGUGGCCUUUUUGGCUAAGAGAGGAUGUUUUCAAAAACAAUUUCACAAAUUAAACUUUGCCAAAAAUAAUGUCUAUAAUCCAUGUAUUGCAGCUUUAGUAAUUAUGAGCCUCAGUGUCACAGUGAUGUUACACAUAGAAGUAAUGUGUACUUCCUAAAGGCCUAGCAUUUGGUUUAGGGUUAGUUGUUUGUGAUUAGGCAUAAUUUACUGUUAUAACUAUAGUAAGUAAUAUUUGUAACAACUACUUUUGGACAGUUCUGUAUUCAAAUAAUAAUCAGCAUUAGUUGUGUCAAAAAAUGCUAACUAAUACUCUUCUUAUAAAGUCCAUUUUCAAAUAGACUGUAGGUUUAUAGACUGAAUUGUGGAUUUUGUUAAAAGUCAUGAAAGAGGAGAAUUCUUACACAGUAGAAAUAAAAGUUUAAAGUCUCCACCUCCCAAGUCUAUUAUACACAGCUGUGUAGAUUUGGCCUAUAUAAAUGCAGUCCAUUUACCAAUGUAAGUUUAUUCAUUUCCCCUCCAUUGAAUCUGCCAGGUGAAAAUCAUAAAUCUGACAACUUAAUAGCACAAGAUAAGAACACACUUCUUCCUAGCAAGUCGAGACAUAAUCAAUGCCCAGAGGCUAAAGUGAACACCCAUGUUUAAUAACUGUGGUUAUUGGUUUGUUCAUGCUUGCCUAGAAAACAGGAAGGCUGUGUCAGAGGUGAGUAAGCGCUAAUGAGCAGUACUUGUCAGCCUGACCACAGUUUCUGAAAAACAAACAAAAAAAACACGUCUAAGCUGUUAGUGGUUUUUAUCAAAAUAAAACACAAAAUAUCGUUUCAUCUUUUCAUCAAACCGAAUAGAGGUGUGUCUGGGACCAAGCGGUUAAGCAAGAGGAGUCGCAAGGGAAGAUGAAAAAUAAGGAUUUUAUAUUUCCCAAAAUAAUCAUGACAACAAAAUAAAAAAGUCAAAUAAACAAACAGUAACUAAAGCUCUAAACAAAAAAUACAACUGACCUCUUACAAAAGAAACAACGGAGACUUCUAUAUUAGCUGAUCAGACCAUUUUUAACACACAGGAAGACUAACAACAACACUACUACACAAGCUACAAAUAACAGCAAAAUCUACCUAAAACUCGUUCCAAAAAGGAAUAUACUUUUACUUAACCUUAACUCAACAAAAGUACUCAAUAUAACAUAAAUCCAAACCCCAAAAUAUCUGAGAGGAUGAGCUAUCCCCCCCGGACAUAACAAACAAUGGUAGUGUCCAAUUAGACCACCUCUCCUAUAAAACUGCUCCAAACGCCACCCCUUCUCCCGGGUGUGGAAUCCAACACUGGUAAGCUCGGAAACAAAUAAUUAUACAAACAGAAUGACAAUCUAAAAGUAACUAAUGGUGCACGCUCCCAAAAAUAUACUUCUGUAUGGUCAAAUAAAUAAAGUACAAUGUAUGUGAAAUGAA